CUAGGCCACGUUGAUUCUGGCAAAUCAACGUUAAUGGGACACUUUUUAUAUGAUUUAGGACAAGUCAACGAAAGGACAAUGCGAAAAUUCGAAAGAGAAUCACAAAAGAUCGGCAAAGGAUCAUUUGCUUUUGCUUGGGUUCUGGAUGAAACUGAUGAAGAAAGAGACCGUGGCAUCACGAUGGACAUUGCCACCAAUUACUUUGAAACCAACAAUCGACAGAUCACUUUACUUGAUGCUCCUGGGCACCGUGAUUUCAUUCCCAAUAUGAUUUCUGGUACAGCUCAAGCCGAUGCUGCCAUCUUAGUUGCUCCUGCCAUGGGAUUCGAAUCAGGAUUUGAAGCAGGAGGGCAGACAAAGGAGCACGCCGUCUUGGCCAGAAGUUUAGGCGUUCAACAGCUGAUAGUUGCAGUGAAUAAGCUAGACUUGGUAGACUGGAGUCAGGAGCGGUUUGAAGAGAUACGGUUCAAAUUGAAUGCAUAUCUUUUGCAGAUCGGAUUCAAAAAGAAUAAUAUCAGCUAUGUACCCGUGUCAGGGUUAACCGGAGAAAAUCUAGUAAAGAAGAGCCAGUUGCCUGAAUUGACAAGUUGGUACCAUGGGCCGACAUUGAUGGAAGAGAUCGAUCGGUUUGAACCACCUACACGAUUACUAGACAAACCACUGAGAAUGCGAGUGACUGACUUUUUCAAGGGAGGCAUUGGAAGUAGCGGAGGCGUAUCUGUUGCAGGUCAAAUUGAAGCUGGAUCCGUGCAGAUCGGAGAACAAGUCAUGGUUGUACCAGGAAACGAAACUGGGUAUAUUAAAUCAUUACAAGUUGAUGAUGAGCCUACAACAUGGGCUGUUGCAGGAGAUUCAGUCAUGAUGACCUUGACUCAUCUUGAUAUCCUAAAUUUAAGCAACGGCUGCGUUCUCUGUACGCCAUCAAAUCCUGUCCCCAUUACGAGCUCAUUUGAGGCUCAAAUUGUAGUGUUUGAUGUGCGCGUUCCUCUAACACUUGGAUACCAGGUUGUGCUUCAUCUUGGUAGUUUGAAUGAACCAGCUUCUCUUAUUAAAUUGGUGGAAGUAUUGGAUAAGUCAACAGGAGAAGUCGUCAAGAGGAACCCACGAUGCCUGACAAAAGGAAUGACGGCCAAGGUUCAAAUCAAGCUGUCUCAACGAGCUAUUCCGUUGGAAACAUUCAAGGAUAACAAACAAUUGGGUCGUAUCAUGUUGCGCAAGGGCGGUGAAACUGUAGCAGCAGGCGUAGUUACGGAGGUAAACUAUAGAAUAGAUUCAUUUGCUAGAAUGACUCAUUACAUGUUGUAUAGAUUUUAUCCUUUGGAUCAUAGAGUAUAUAAAAUAAACGUCAUUAUUAUCACAAAGUGUACUACCAUCAGCACCAUUUAAUGAUGUAGUUUGGUGUAACGAGGUCAAUGUGGUAUGGAGCAUUCUUUCUAUGAGCCCCCCCCCC